UUUCAGUGGAUCUUGCCGAGUGCUCCGCCAAACGUAUGCGUAAUAUUUAAGUUGCAUCCGUCGCUGGGAAAACGCGUCCGAAUCGCUGGGAUAUCGCGAGCAAUACGAGUGUCCUAGUCGGUGGUUGACAGUGUUCCGUGUUUGAAGUCGCUUGAAAAACGCGUUCGAGCCGUCGCUAAACCGAUUUUGAAAACUUUUUUAACCUACAAAAGUAGUUCGUGAUUGAUUGAAAAAGUUGAUAGUGCAAGUACUCCUUCAAUAUGUCAAUGGAUCCAUCGGUUUCCCUAGAGGAUCUGGAGAGACGUCGUCGUCGCGCCAGUUCCGCCCGCAAGCCAUCACAUACUCCCCAGCCUCCAUCUCACCUGGCGGAUUCGGAGGCCAUGGCCGUGAUCAAUGAGAUAUUCAAUCCCACGCUGAAGCUGCCGGAGUCCAGUGGCCACUACACGCUGCCCGAGGAGAUGAGGGCCGACGAUAAUGUGGCGCCACAUGAACUGGACAUUGCCAAGCUGGCGGAGCUGAAGGAAGUCUUCUCGCUCUUCGAUACGGACUGCGAUGGACUGAUCUCGAAGGACGAUCUACGGUUCACCUAUACGGCCCUGGGAAAUGACCCCAACGAGCAACUACUGGAACAGAUGAUGCAGGAGGCCAAGGAGCCGCUCGACUACGAAGCCUUCGUCCGGCUGAUGAGUCGUCGCACACAGGAACUGGAUCCCGAGGAUGUGCUACUGGAGGCCUGGAGUAAAUGGGAUGACCAUGGAACGGGCAAAAUCGAUGAACGCAAAAUCUAUGAAGAGCUGACCAACUAUGGCGACAAAAUGACCCUCAACGAGGCCAAGGAGGCUCUAAGCCACGCCCCAAUGGCCAAGCCCAAGUCCUUGGAGGAGCCGCCCAUGAUUGAUUAUCCGGCCUUCUGUCGCAUGCUCAGCGGAAUGCGCAAGCGAAAAGGGGAAUAACAUAUUAUUUUUGGGGAAACCAAAAUAAUUUUGCCUUACCUUCAAAUCCAUCUUUCAGAAAUCUUUCAGAUUUAAUGUAUUUUUCCAGGCCACCAACUAAUAUCUCCUUGAUAUAUGAUUUUCUCAUAAGAUAUCAUUACCCUGUGUUAUUUAUUUUAUUUGUGGGACUUUAUUAUGUGUUAAUUAUGGUUUUAAUAGCCAUUAAAUAUUCGUUUAAUCGGGACAUAUUUUUGAAAUUUACUUAAAGUCCUGAAGCAGCUGUGCCGAUUUGACAAUCGUAUUAGCCUUAACGCCAACUUUUGUUCGACUUUUUAUCAAAAUAAAUCGUGAAGAACCAGCGAAGCGUUGGGA